GUGUCCUUAUUUUGAGGCCACCAAAGGUCCCAAUUUUCGCUGCUUUCUUUACGAAGAUUGAUCUCUUUCUGUACUUAAUUAAUUUAUUUAAUUAAUUGAAACAUACAUAAGAAGUUUGAAUCUUAAUCCUUGCAUACCUUUGGUACACCUUUAGUAGCUAAGAUGCCUUCGAUAGAAAAUCCUCUUGUUUGGAUUGAUUGUGAGAUGACGGGGCUUCAAGCUGGCAAAGACGUUCUAAUGGAAGUGGCUGCGAUUAUCACUGAUGGUGAUUUAAAACCUAUUCCAGAGUCCUUCGAUGCGGUGAUUCAUCUUAGUGAUCAGCAAUUGGCUUCCAUGAAUGAAUGGUGCACAGUGCAACAUGGCAAAUCCGGUUUAACCGAAAAAUGCAGAGCGAGCACUCUUUCUGUUCAAGAAGUGGAAAAAAAAUUACUGAAUUAUAUAAAAAAAUACGUCCCGGAAAAACGUGUAGGUCUCAUCGCUGGAAACAGUGUUCACGCUGAUGUUCGUUUCUUAAGCAUUGAAAUGCCCAAAGUUAUUGAGCACUUACACUACCGUAUUGUUGAUGUUUCUACCAUUAAGGAAUUAGCAAAACGUUGGCGUUCAGAUAUUCGUCCGUACGAGAAAAAAGGAGACCACCGUGCAUUGUCUGAUAUCAUGGAAAGCAUUCAAGAGCUUAAAUACUUCCGAUCAAAUUGGCUCGAUUGA